AUGGCUAGGAACACAAUCUUCUAUCAGUUUUUUACAUAUGUACUGGCAUUGAUGCUGUUUUAUAUGGACAUGGAAAUCCCCACAGCGAAGGAGUAUAUCGUAGCGGCUGAUGACUACUUCCAGGAUGUGGUCGAAACGUUGGACUCUUCCCAUGCUACUGAUAGGAUGUUCGAGUUGAAGGCGAAGACUGAGUAG